AUGAGUUCCAUAACCAAAGAGACCCAAGAGCCAACAGAUGGCCGAACGUGGCGCCAGUACUUCCCCAAAGGUGAUCUGUGGGUGUUUGGUUAUGGGAGUUUGAUAUGGAAGCCUCCACCUCACUAUGACCAGCGGGUCCCAGGGUAUAUUGAUGGGUAUGUGCGCCGGUUUUGGCAGGUAAGCAUCCAUAGAAGAGAAGGUGGUCAAGCUCAAUCUAAUCAAGGUGCACCUUUCAGUACCGACCACAGAGGAACCCCCGAGCAACCAGGCCGCGUAGUAACAGUGAUAGAGCGCGGCUUCUGGGAGACAUUGGAUGAUCCACUAGCCCACCUCGACGCCGAAACAACCCGCGUCUGGGGUGCCGCAUACCACAUUCCCGCCUCCCACGCCGAGGAAGUCCACGACUAUCUCGACGUGCGGGAAAUAGAUGGGUACAGCGCGCACUACACGCCCUUUCACCCGGUGGCAACCACGGCGCCUACUAACACAGACCAACCCGACUCAACGUCGCCAAUAAUAUGCAUGGUGUACAUAGGACAACCCACGAACCCGCAAUUCCUGCGAGACCAGGCGCGCCGUGAGCCUCAGGAUGUCGCGGAGGUUAUUAGCCGCGGCCAUGGACAGAGCGGGAAGAACACGGAGUACUUGUAUUUGCUGGAGAAGGCGCUUGAGGGGGUUGGGUUGGGGACUGCGGAUGGGCAUGUUACGGAUUUGGUGAAGAGGGUUAGGGAGAUUGAGGGAGGUGGUGAGGCAAGAAGAGAGGAGGAGAAGGCUGAGAGGGAUGUUCGGGAGGCGUUGGCAGAGGGGGCAGAGGGGAGGAAGGAUGUGGAUUUAUCGGAGUAG